AUGAGCAUCCUGACCUCUGACCCACAGACCUGUGAGCAGAGCCACCUGCAGCUGGUCAGGCUCAGCCCAAGGACAGGGGAGAGGCCGCGGCCCCGCACCACAGCAGACAUCAAGCAGAACACCCACAAAGCCACCACCUGGGAGGCCCCCAGGAAGCCCCUGGCCACCAAAGUUGCUGGCAAGAGGGCGCCGCCUACAGGAGGGAUCAAGAAGCCCCACGGCUACAGGCCUGGCACCCUGACGCUCUGCAAAAUCAGAAAGUACCAAAAGUCCACUCAGCUGCUCCUGCGCAAGCUGCACGUCCAGCACCUGGUGCGCGAGAUCGCCCAGGCCGUCAGCCCGGACCUGCGUUUCCAGAGCGCAGCCACUAGCGCCCUGCAGGAGCCCAGCGAGGCCUACCUGGUGCGCCUCUUUGAAGACACCAACCUGUGUGCCAUCCAUGCCAGGCACGUGACAUUUACACCCAGAGACAUGCAGCUGGCCCGCCGCCUCUGCAGAGCGGGGGAAAAGGAGCUUGAGGGAGCUGAGGGGGAGCACCAGCAACAGUCACAUGUGAUUCUUUUCUCAGGAAAGCUUUGGCUUAUCCGGAGCCAAAUCUGCUGGAGGCUACCAGAAGAUUUUCAUGAGUGUCACUUUUGGGGAGAAAAUCACCGCCUGCAGCCGGCCAGGCUCAGCCCAAGGAGAGGGGAGAGGCUAAGGCCCCGCAUCAUGGCGCGCACCAAGCAGACCGCCCGCAAAGCCACCGCCUGGCAGGCCCCCAGGAAGCCCCUGGCCACCAAAGCCGUCGGAAAAAGAGCGCCGCCUACAGGAGGGAUCAAGAAGCCUCACCGCUACAAGCCUGGCACUCUGGCGCUGCGGGAAAUCAGAAAGUACCAGAAGUCCACGCAGCUGCUCCUGCGCAAGCUGCCCUUCCAGCGCCUGGUGCGCGAGAUCGCCCAGGCCAUCAGCCCGGACCUGCGCUUCCAGAGCGCGGCCAUUGGCGCCCUGCAGGAGGCCAGCGAGGCCUACCUGGUGCGACUCUUUGAAGACACCAACCUGUGUGCCAUCCAUGCCAGGCGCGUCACAAUUAUGCCCAGAGACAUGCAGCUGGCCCGCCGCCUCCACAGAGAGGGUCCUUAA